ACGAGAUAGGAUUUCCAGAUAGACGUUAUAUUUAGCCUAACACAUAUAUAAGAGCAUUAGUAGUAUGGUGUUUAUUUUUCGUGCUUCAUCAAAGUGACCAGUCCGGUGGAGAUAUUUUGCUAGACUUUUUUCAUCACAGAGUCCAAAAACAGUUUACAAUGGCUACUAUCAUUCUUGAUCAAGACUACAUGCUUGUGGACAAAAAGGCAGAUGUACCUGAAGCAUUGACAGAAAUACGUCGUCAUCCUUUAUUGGCAGUCGAUUGCAAGGGAUUCAAAUUAGGAGGAGGAAGGUCAGGAGAUUUAACCGUGAUCAUUGUUGCAACACAAACCAAAGUGUUUAUAUUCGAUGUUCUCAAAUUAGGACAGCGUGUUUUUGACGACGGUCUUGGGGCUAUCCUUGAGGACAAGACAAAGGAAAAGCUCAUGUUUGAUUGCCGACGUGAUGCGGAUAACCUCUUUCAUCAGCGGAAAGUCCAGCUCACGGGCGUUCUGGAUCUUCAACUUCUGGAAGUCAUGUAUAGAAAAAGACGACUUCCCGAAAGUGAAGAUGAGUCCAGAAGAAGCUCAAGGACUGACGAGGUGCAACCACUGAAAGGAAUUCUUCGGUGUAUUGAAAUGUAUGUCAAAGAUGUGGCCAUGAUUGAGGCUAAGUUGAGAUGCCAAAGACAAGUGCUGGGCGACAGUCAUGUUUGGAAGACAAGACCACUCUCGGAGAAGCUAAAGAGUUACUGCUGCGUUGAUACAUCCGCAUUGUUCACACUGUAUAACAAACUAAAAGGUGGCGGAAGAGAUCAUUCUCGUCUCGUUAUCGCCUCAGACCGCUAUGCUGACACCUUCCGUUGCUUGCCUGAAAGGACACAUGGGGUAUUUGAGUUCCACCCAUUUCUACCACUGGACAUUAUACCUGAAGCUGAUGAUUCGUUCGAAUUUCCGGAAGCUUCAACGAAAUGUAUAGGCUGUCUUCGUUUAUUCCCUGCAGACGAAUUCCCUAAAGCUCAACUUCGUAACAAACAACGAUUCUGUAGGGUGUGCAUAAAAGCAAAAAGUUAUGCUUUAACGAAAGUAUCAAAGUAAAUGAGAUGUGAUAAGAAAGUGUCAAACAUCAGCAAAUUUACGAACCUUGCCUUUCAAGCUAUCCGUUUCUGUUGAUCAGCAGCAAAAUCAAUACAACAUUUGUAGCGAGAAUGACUGUAUUGCUGUUUCGGGACAACUUAUAUAAAUGUUGACUCACUUGUUAUAAGUUUUCAUUAAUUUUAUAAUAUCAUCUACUAACAAUGUACCACGGAAUCAUCAUUUCUCCGUUUGCAUACUAUAUGUACUUUAUAUCGCCGUCCUAUUAUUCUAUUAAUAAACUGUGAAAUUGUU